AUGAAUGCCGAGAGUUGCGUCUCGUUCUGCGAUCCCGCGGCUGCCAUGGAUUCUUUCUACAACGCCGCCUCGCAGGCCAACCCCGACGGCUCCUCGCCUUUUAGGGCAUUUCCCGGCGGCAGCGACAAGUUCAGCCCCGCUUUCCUCGCCAGCAAAGGGCAAAGCAGCUUCGGCGACAGCAGCAGCAGCGGCAGCAGCAGCAGCAGCAGCCCCAAGUGCCGGAGCCGCUACGGCCAGGGGGAAUGCGCGGCCCUGGACGCCGGCGGCGGGCAAGCGGCUCCGGCGGCCGCCUCCUUCGGCAAGUACCACCCGCAGCCGCAGUCGCAGCCACAGCUGCCGCCGCUCUACGUGCAGCGAGGCCCCUGCAAGAGCCCUCCGGGCAGCAGCCUCAAGCCGCUGCAGGACCCCAGUGGGCACAACGGAGCCCUGCAGCUCUCCUGCUACGCUAAAGAGAGUUCCUUGGGAGAGGCUGAGCUGCAGCCUGGCUCAGAUCCUUCUGGAAUGGAUGGUAGUUACCUCAGCGUGAAAGAGACUGGUGUGAAGGUACCCCAGGAAAGGGCGAGCAACGACCUUCCCAGCCCCAUGGACAAGACUGAUUCAGAGAGCAACAAAGGCAAGAAGAGACGGAAUCGCACUACUUUCACCAGCUACCAGCUAGAAGAGCUGGAAAAGGUCUUUCAGAAGACCCACUACCCAGAUGUCUACGCCAGAGAACAGUUAGCCAUGAGGACAGAUCUCACAGAGGCCCGAGUACAGGUGUGGUUUCAGAACCGACGGGCAAAAUGGAGGAAACGAGAACGGUUUGGUCAAAUGCAACAGGUUCGCACUCACUUCUCCACUGCCUAUGAACUGCCAUUGCUAACUCGAGCAGAAAACUAUGCCCAGAUCCAGAACCCAUCCUGGAUUGGCAACAAUGGUGCUGCCUCCCCUGUGCCUGCCUGUGUCGUGCCAUGUGACUCGGUGCCUUCCUGCAUGUCACCCCAUGCUCAUCCCCACACAACAGGAGGGGUGUCUGAGUUCCUGAGCGUCUCUGCUCCCAGCAGCCACGUGGGACAGACUCACAUGGGCAGCCUCUUUGGAAGCACUGGCAUCAGCCCUGGCAUCAAUGGCUAUGAGCUGAAUGGUGAGCCUGACCGCAAAUCCUCCAGCAUUGCAGCCCUGCGGAUGAAAGCAAAGGAGCACAGUGCGGCUAUAUCAUGGGCAACAUGACAGGGCUA